CAGGCUCUUGGUUGGAGUGGCUUGAUAUGUUCGCUGCGGUGACAUUCGAAGAGUUGGUCUCGAUCAUAAGUUCAUGCCGGAUACUCUGGGAAGCCAAGCAUGUCCACUCCCGGGUUGUGCAAAGCGAACACAUGGCUCACUCAGGACUCUACCUCUCCAACAUGCUGCUUCAGAUGAACAGUUUCUCAUGGACCCUGAUGAUGACCGCCUAUGGCCAGAACGGGCACGCUCGAGAGGCAAGACAGGUGUUCAACGACAUGCCAGAGAAGAACUUGGUGGCCUGGACAGCGAUGGUUACAGCUUACGCAGAGAACCGAAGAGUGGACGAGGCAAAGCUGGUGUUCGACGCCAUGCCGGCUCGGAACCAGGUGUCUUGGAACGGGAUGCUCUCGGCCUAUGCCCAGAACGGGCAUGCAGACGAGGCCAGGGACGUGUUUGAGGCGAUGCCGGAGAGGAACUUGGUCGGGAGCACGACCAUGGUGGUGGUUCUCGGGAGCUCGGGCCGGGUGGACGAAGCCCGGGUGGUGUUUGAUGGGAUGGAGGAGACCGAUGUUGUGGCCUGGACAGCUCUCCUGGACGCGUACGCUCAGAACGGGCAUCUCUCCGCGGCCAAGGCAGUGCUGGAGGCGAUGCCGGAGAGGAACGAGGUGUCGUGGACGGCCAUGUUUGGAGUGCUGGCCGAGAGCGAGAGCCUGGAGAGCCUCAUGGAGCUGUUCGUCCAGAUGCCCGAGCACAACGUUGUAACUUGGACGGCAGCCGUGGUGGCGCACGCCAGGGACGGGAAGUUUGGCGAGGCCGAGGAGCUCUUCACCGCCAUGCCGGAGAAGAACCUCGUGUCGUGGAACGCGAUGCUGGCGGCGUACAACCAGAGCAGGGAUCUCGCCAGUGCCAAGAACUUGUUCGACGCGAUGGUGGAGAGGGACGCUCUCUCGUGGAGCUCGAUGAUCAUCGGCUAUGGCCAAGCCGGGGACUUGGGGAGCUCACAGAGGCUGCUGGAGCGGUGCCCGGAGAGGCAGCACGGAUCGGUGUGGAACGCGAUGCUCGCCGCGAAGGCGCACAACAGCAGGGAGGUGGAGGAGACUGUGGGAGUUCUUCGCGAGAUGGAGGCCGAGGGGGUGGCGGCGAACGAGACGUCGCUGGUUUCGGUGAUGGCGGCUUGUAGCCAAGCCGGGGACGUGGGCGGUGCUUGGAGCUGGAUGGUGGCGAUGGUGGAGGAUCGGCGGCUGAGGCCACACAAGCAGCACUUUUCGUGCGUGGUGGACGCGCUGGGACGAGCGGGGCGAGUGGGCGAGGCGGAGGAUCUCAUGGCGGCCAUGCCGUUUGUUCCAGACGAUGUGGACUGGCGGUGCUUGGUGGGGGCUUGCAAGAGGCACCUUGACGCCGGGCGAGCCGCCAGGCACGCCGCCAAGCUGGAGAGGGUCAACUCGGCGGCGCCAUACGUCCUUGUGUCCACGGCCAUGAAAUGGCAGUCAAUGCCGGUCAAAUAAGUUUAGGGUUUAUUGUAAAAACGAGGGAUGCAAACAGAACAUGCCACCUAAAUACUUGCUUCAAACACUUCAGCUUGUUCA